GUGUCCUUUGGAGGGAGUGCUCCAGAGACGCCCAGAGCCAGCCUGCGCUGGGACACCUCGGGAGGGGACCGCAGGAGCCUGUGAGGCUGAGAAUGUCGGAGUCCUCGGGGGCCGCCUUUGGAGGCAGGAGAGCCAUCCCCCCCAACACCUCCAACGCAUCGGAGAAUGACCCCCCCACCGUGGAGCUGCAGGGCCUGGUGCCCCGGAGCUUCAGCCUGCAAGACUACCUUAAUGUUACGGGUGUUCACCUGUUCAAGGAGAGAUGGGACAGCAACAAAGUGGAUCACCACACCGACAAAUACAACAACAACAAGCUGAUUGUACGUAGAGGACAGUCUUUCUACAUCCAGAUCGACUUCAAUCGUCCCUAUAACCCUAGAAAGGACCUCUUCAGGGUGGAAUAUGUCAUUGGUCGCUACCCUCAGGAGAACAAGGGAACCUACAUCGCAGUCCCUGUGGUCUCCGAGCUGCAGAGUGGCAAGUGGGGAGCCAAAGUUAUCAUGAGAGAGGACAGGUCUGUCCGGCUGUCCGUCCAGUCUUCUCCAGACUGCAUUGUGGGGAAGUUCCGCAUGUAUGUUGCUGUCUGGACCCCCUAUGGUGUAAUCCGCACCAGCCGAAACCCAGAAACAGACACGUACAUUCUCUUCAAUCCUUGGUGUGAAGAGGAUGCUGUAUACCUGGAUAAUGAAAAAGAAAGAGAAGAGUAUGUCCUGAAUGACAUCGGGGUUAUUUUUUAUGGAGACUUCGAUGACAUCAGGAGUAGAAGCUGGGCCUAUGGUCAGUUUGAGGAUGGCAUCCUCGAUGCUUGCCUGUAUGUGAUGGACAGAGCAAAAAUGGACCUUUCUGGCCGAGGGAAUCCCAUCAAAGUCAGCCGUGUUGGAUCUGCCAUGAUUAACGCCAAGGAUGAUGAAGGCGUCAUCGCUGGAUCCUGGGACAAUGUCUAUGCUUAUGGCAUCCCCCCAUCAGCCUGGACUGGAAGUGUUGACAUCCUCUUGGAAUACAGGAGUUCUGAGAAUCCAGUCCGCUAUGGUCAGUGCUGGGUUUUUGCUGGUGUCUUUAACACAUUUUUGCGAUGCCUCGGGAUACCAGCGAGAGUCGUGACCAACUAUUUCUCAGCCCAUGAUAACAAUGCCAAUUUGCAGUUGGACAUCUUCCUGGAAGAAGAUGGGAAUGUGAACUCCAAACUCACCAAGGAUUCAGUGUGGAACUACCACUGCUGGAACGAAGCCUGGAUGACGAGGCCUGACCUUCCCGUUGGGUUUGGAGGCUGGCAAGUCGUGGACAGCACCCCACAGGAAAACAGCGACGGGAUGUAUCGGUGUGGCCCGGCCUCUGUUCAAGCCAUUAAGCACGGCAAUGUUUGCUUCCAGUUUGACGCACCCUUCGUUUUUGCAGAGGUCAACAGUGAUCUUGUUUACAUUACAGCUAAGAAAGAUGGCACUCAUGUGGUUGAAACCCUGGAUACCACCCACACUGGGAAAUUAAUCGUGACCAAGCAAGUUGGAGGAGAUGGCAUGAGGGACAUUACUGAUGCCUACAAAUUCCAGGAAGGCCAAGAGGAAGAGAGGUUGGCCCUAGAAACCGCCCUGAUGUAUGGGGCUAAAAAGCCCCUCAACACAGAGGGCGUCGUCAAAUCGAGGUCCGAUGUCCACAUGAAUUUUGAAGUGGAGAAUGCCGUGCUGGGGAGAGACUUCAAGGUCACCGUCACCUUCCGUAACAACGGCCCCGCCCACUACACCAUCACAGCCUAUCUCUCAGGAAACAUCACCUUCUACACCGGGGUCGCCAAGGCAGAAUUCAAGAACGAGACAUUUGAUGUGACACUGGAGCCCCUGUCCUUCAAGAAAGAGGAGGUGCUGAUCCGAGCGGGCGAAUACAUGGGCCAGCUGCUGGAGCAGGCGUUCCUGCACUUCUUUGUCACAGCCCGUGUCAAUGAGACCAAGGAUGUUCUGGCCAAGCAGAAGUCCACGGUGCUGACGGUCCCGAAGGUCAUCAUCAAGGUCCAAGGCGCUCAGGUAGUCGGUUCUGACAUGGUUGUGAUCGUUGAGUUCACCAAUCCUUUAAAAGAAACUCUGAAAAAUAUUUGGAUUUACCUGGAUGGUCCUGGAGUGACGAAACGCAUAAGGAAGAUGUUCCAGGAAAUCCGGCCCAACUCCACCGUGCAAUGGGAGGAGGUGUGUCGGCCUUGGGUUUCUGGCCCUCGGAAGCUGAUGGCCAGCAUGACCAGUGACCUCCUGAGACACGUGUACGGCGAGCUGGACUUGCAGAUUCAGAAACGACCGUCUAUGUAGACGCACGAGGGCCUGAGAUGGGCCCGAGCACUUGGCCUCUUGUAGUCUUGGCUAAGGAAAUUCUAAUGCACAAAUAGUCAGCUCUUGCUUUAACUUAGCUGUGAAGACCCGGACAGGACUGGGUAGAGCCCCAGAGUGGUGAUGCCACGUAUUUUGAAGACACACUUUUCAGUGUGGCUAUUCAAUGUGGAAGUUAGUUUUUAAUCGCUCCACCUUCCAAAGGAUUCUGAGCAUUAGCUUUAAUUAAGCCCUAAUCAAGCUCUCAUAGCUCAUAAAAGUUAUCAUUUCUCAUCUCAAAUGGCUGCAGCUCCAAGUAUCGGAGGACUUCCCUUAGAAAGGAGAUUUGCUCGUUACCUGGCCUCAUGUAAAACAGGGCUGCUCAUCCCCCGCUCAGCCUUUUCAGGGUGAUGUACUCUCCAAACAGGAGGCCAGCACGUGAUUUGGGCCCUAGAAUUCUAUUCCCCUUUCUUGGAAACAGUUUUGUCCUCUGUGUCAGAAUAUUUUUCCCAGGAAUCGAGUGCAGCAUGAUUUUUCUUCUUGGCAAAGCCAGGGAAAGGUCUUUCAUCUUGCACCUGCAGCAGAGCUACUGCCUGCCAAAUUUCACAGAUUUACCUUGUGAGAAGAUGUGGCCCCAUAUUAACAAAUUGCAUUUGUGGAAAACUUAAUCACCUAAGAGGAGAUAAGAAAGCAGGUGCAAUACUCAGAUCUAUUAAAUAAUGUAGUUUUAUAGUGCACUUUAUAGUUGUCACGCUGUGGCCUGAUCAGCAGGAAACAUCAGCCCUAACUUUAACCCUUUGGGGGCUGUAGUACUAGAAAGUAACAAGGCUGACUUGGGACAGUAAGGAUGAGGAGUUAGUCUCUUUAAUUAACAAUUACAUUUCACCUGUCUCUCUGGAAGCAUCUCCUUUGCACAAUGACACAGGUCCAGAUACAGUUUUAGAGAUGGAAUAAACCCAACAAGUUGGGGAAGCUGGCAGAUUUAGUGACCAGACAUGUGGAAGGAUGGGCAGCCACUAAUCCUCUUGUCCUUCACAUCACCCGUGUUGAGACCUCAGCUCGGCACACAGGUGCUACAAGGUAAUAUGGACUCCACCUUGCAAACUGCCAGUGCUACAGCACACCCAGUGACAGAGGACGCUGACAUCAUUUGUAUUAGGUUCCAAGGUUCCAACAGACAAGGUUAUCUGGUAUUUAUUUGCAAGGCUGAUUUAUUGUCAAAAUUGUCAAAAUUGAUACGCCUAGAAUGUGAUUUAGGUCAGUAGACUGUGAUUCUUAGCAAAAAAAAAAAAAAAGAAAAGAAAUGAUGAACAGUGAGAAGGAAGCUGGGGAAACGUCCCAAUGAAAUUCUCUGGUCUCUGCAAGCACAUUUCUAAGCCUUUGAGACUGUUCCUGAACCUUCAGCACCAGGAAUC